AGCAUUGCAAUGGAGGACGACUGCCACACUAGGCUGGGCCUCGGCCUGAGCAUCACGGGCCCAAGUAGCCCGGCCGCGAAGCAACCGAUUAUUAGCAACCACAAUUUUUUCCGCGACGACAGGGAGAAAUUGUCGAGGAGGAAGAAGAAGAAGACGACGACGACGUCGUCUUCAGUGGCGUGUUUGGACCUCUCCUUUAAGCUCUUUCCUGGAGGAGAUGACGACGACGACGACGAUGAAACCGUGGCUAAUGAUGAUGAUCACGACGAUAACAACGGCGUAGUGGAAUUAGCGACGAAAUCGUCGUCGUCAAUUGAUACGGAAGAGCAGCAGUACUACUGCAGCUCCGGAGGAGGGCGUAAAGCGGUGAUGGAUGGUAAGGAGAUGGUGGGCGGCGGCGGGAGAAAGAAGCUACGGCUCAGCAAGGAGCAAUCCAGCUUGCUCGAGAACAGAUUCAAACUCCAAACCACCCUCAACACGGCACAGAAGCAGGCAUUAGCAGAGCAGCUGAAACUGACGCCAAGACAGGUCGAGGUCUGGUUUCAGAACAGAAGGGCCAGGACGAAACUGAAGCAAACGGAGGUGGACUGUGAGUUCCUGAGGAAAUGCUGCGACAGCCUGAGCAACGAGAACAGGAGGCUCAAGGCCGAGCUCCAAGAGCUGCUGCGCUAUGGGAGAAACGAACCAUCGCCACGUGGCCAGGCCUCGACGGCGACGGCGACGUGCAGGUCCUGCCAGAAGCGAAACGUUUCGUCCAGCGGAACGGCCAGCAGCAGUGGUGCUCAACCGUAUCAUAGUGGUGAUAAUAAACCAUGA